AUGCUCGAUUCUCGAACAGCUCAUGCGUCAUCUUUUCCUGUCUUGUCCGUCGUAUGCCGUGCAGGCAAGCGGGAUCAAGGACGGCUUGUGUCAUGGCUCGCGUCCCGUGUGUGCUCGCGGCUGCAGGACGACCCAGAUGCCACGGCGUUCAUCCAGGAGCUGGUCAAGGCCAAGCCCAAGGACCUCGCCGAAGGCGUGCAGGUCUUCGACCUCAAGACGUGCCUGCCUGCAGAGCCCUACGACCUGAGCGGGAGGAAGCUGCUGACGCGGAUCACGACGCGCCAGGCCUGGCAGGCCACCUUCGAGCUGAUGAAGGACGGCACGAGGCGCGUGGCCAUGCUGGGCACCCCCGGCAUCGGCAAGAGCAGGUCCCUGGCGCUGGGCCUGUGGCACCUGGUGUCGGGCCACCGCCCGGACUGGAUCAAGGAGCCCGAGGCCAUCGUCUUCGAGGCCCGGGAGGGCCUCAAGGUCUUCAUUUUCAGCAAGAACAAGGACGGCCGCUGGAAAGGGCACAGCCUGCCGAUUGGCAAGUGGGAUGCAAGCGACUGCGAGCACCUGCAGAACAGCGACAAUUGGUAUUUAGUGGAUACCUACGGCAAGGAGACUACGGGGAAGCUGCCGGCCAAGACGGUCAAGGCCUGCAGCCCGGACAGAGAGCACUACACAGGUUUUGUGAAGAGCGGUGGGGCUUGUGUGUACGUAGAACAAUGGAAGAAGGCUGAGCUGGAACUGGCCUAUGUGCAUUUUGCACAGCCUCCGGUCGACAAGGACACGGUGUUGCGCAGGUUUCAAUAUGUUGGAGGCAACCUGCGUGCCCUGUUGGACGACGAUGGAAGCUUCCGCAAGUACCUUCAGGAUCAAAAAAAUCAAGCUGCCGAUUGGAAGGGCUUGCAGCCUGCUUUUGGCGGUGUUCUCGACAAGCAAGGCAACAAGCUGUUGACGAGGCUCUUCACGUACGUCACCGUGGACGGCAAAAUUAGCACGGCCCAAGUUGUCUCCCCCAAGGCCGCAGAGGUGAUAGCAGAUAAGCACUAUGACAAGCUUGCUGACCUCUGGACCAAGAACGAUCCACGUGCCAGGUACUGGUUUGAACACUUCCUUGGACCCCUUCUGACCUGCUCGUGGUUUCCGAAGAAGUUUGACGCCCACCACAUCACUGACAAGAGUUCGCAAGGCAAAGCCAACUGGGAACGGAAUCCGUGCGACUCUCUGGUUAUUGACGCGGGCUUGCAGCUGCUGAGGUGCGACACUAAGGACAUAUUCGAGCGAAAAUGGAGCCAGGCCGUGAAGAACGGCAGCCUUGAGAAAUGCCUUCUGCAAAGCCCGGAACGGUACGCAGGCGUCGAUUACUUGCUAGGCUUGAAUCAUGGCAUCUCCGCGACAACUGGUCCCAAGCACAGCAUCGCAAAGAGCUUUCUAGACACGCUGCGGGACAUUUUCCAACACUGCAAGGGACAGUACAGUUUCACUCUCUCUUUUUUCACUACGGGAGACCCCACAAAGUUCGCCCCCAAGUCAGGAGAGGAGUUCAGAGCCUUCAUGGAGAUGGCGCAGGGGCGAGACAAAGUGUUUAAGAAUGUGCAUGUACAGGUGGUGCAGGUUCCGAAGACGCGAAACAGCAUGGAGAAAGACGCCUUCACCGUUUCAUGA